AUGCCCGGCGACUCGACGCCGGCAGCCUCACAAGCCGCGUCCACCAGCGCCCUCAACUCCGCUCCCAGCGCCGCCUCGCACCCGGACCCAUCCGCCUGCCCCAUCGUCACCGUCACCGCCGGCGGCGGCGGCGGCGGCGUCCUGAUGGCCCUGCCGCCCGCCACGUUCCCGCUGCCGCGGGAGAAGCCGCUGCCGGGGAAGAAGGCGGAGACGACGUGGGAGCGGUUCGCCAAGAAGAAGGGGAUCAGGGAUCGGAAGCGGGGGGAGGGGGGGAGGGAGUAUGAUGCCGGGAAGGGGGAGUGGGUGCCCAAAGUGGGGGUACAAGGGGCGGAAUAA